AUGUCCGUGUAUCACAACUGGUUAGGAGUGUCCAAAAAAGCAUUUAAGACUCGCUCAUUGCUCAGCCGUCAGUCGGUCUUUCUCACUGCUGGAAGGAUGUUACCUUUGAUGAUCCUUAGCUUUGCUGGGUACUCGCUGGCCUUUCUGAAUCUCGGCUCAAUACAAUCGGUAGCGGUAACUGGACGUUUGUUUUGCAAUGGUGUACCAGAUACUGACGUCAAGGUGAAACUAUAUGAUAAGGAAAUAACAAUUGAUGACCUAAUGGAUGAAGGAAAAACUAAUGAAACCGGUGGAUUUCUUCUUCAUGGCUCAAAGAAAGAAGUUACUAGUAUCGAUCCAAAAUUGUACAUCUAUCACAGUUGCGGACGACACUUCUGCGGGAAACUUGGCAUUCGCAUCCCAGACGACUUCGUCAGCGACGGCACCACACCUUAUAAAACCUUUGAUAUCGGUAUAAUCAACUUAGCUGGCGAAUUUAGUGCCAGAGGAAAAGUAACGACUUUGACGGGCAAUCUUCUUAACUUCGAUGUAUUACAAAUAUGUCUAGAGGGAAAACUGGUUUACAGUCGCAAUUCCAACUUUAAGAAAAGUAUUGCAAAAGCUAUAAAGGAAAGGAGCUGGCAUUUGAUGUCAAAAUGGACGAAUACAGGACACCACAACCGGAUUUUAUCUUUCUGGUUUGAAGAAAGCAAUUGGCUCUGUCGAUCCUCAUACAUCUAUCACAAAUGCAACUAUAAAAAAAAUUGCUACGAAAAUCUUGGCAAAACCAUUUUACAUGACUUCGUCACUGAAGGCCCUACACUGAACAAAAAGUUUUAUAUUAGUACAAUCACUCUAGCUGACAUGUUUACUGAUGAAGAAUUGAUUGUACAGAUCAAAUACAGCAGGGAAACGGACACAUACAGGGGAAUAUAA